AUGAAAAUUAUUUUUAUUUGUAUAAUAAUUUUAAUAUUAGGAGUAAAUUUAAAAAGUGUGAGAGCUUGUUCCAGUUUGGGUAAUUGUCCUCAAUUAGGUGAAAGUUGCGAAGGUUCUUGUGCUCCAGGUUUAGAUUGUGUUGAUGGUGAAUGUAUAUCAAUGAUUAUCUGUGAUCCCAAAUUACCAAUUACUCAAGAUACCUGUACUUCUUCAAAUUUAUGCACAAAGAGAAAUGAUAAUGUUGGUGUUUGUUUACCAUAUGUUGCUUUAAAAUCAGAUGGAUCAGCCCCAUGCAGCAGACCAGCCAACUGUGCCUCAAACCAAUGUGAAAAUUCAAAAUGUAUCCCAUUUCCAACAGCUAUGUGUUAUUCUGAUUCUGAAUGUGGUUAUAACUCCUAUUGUAAAGUAUCCUCACCUGGGGGCCCAGUAGGUAUCCCAAUGAGCAUUUGUACAAGCAAAAAUGCUAUGGGAACCUGUACAUCCCCAAAUGAAUGUUCUAGUGGAGUUUGUGUUAAUGGUAAUUGUGCCGCAAUUUACUCUGGAAAAGAAAAUGAUGCUUGUUCUUUUUCAACCCAAUCAUUUCCAUUAACUAAUCCAUGCGAUAUUGGUUUAACAUGUAUGGGUGGUAAAUGUGUUAAAUAUGAAGAAAAAGAAUGUAGUAGCACUAUCUCAUGUAGUCAAUACGAAACCUGCCAAUGUACUGAUGGUGCUAUUGGUGAAAGUGGAGUAUGUAAAAUUAAUUACAAACUAAAUGCUGAAUGUAAAACUGCGACUGCUGCUAUUAUUGCCUGUGCAAAUUCUCACAAUGUAUAUGUAAAUACCAACAAUUAUGUAUUACAGCAAUCAUGUAGUAAUGAAUAUUGUGAUUAUAAAAACAAAUGCUUUAAUCCAGAAUAUUUUGGAUGUAGUCAAACUGAACUUUUUAAAAUGUGCCCCUCUGAUGACUAUACAAAACCAAUCGAUACCGAUAGCUCCAAUUCAAACUCUACAUCAUCUUCAAACUCUACUUCAUCUCACGACUCAUCCUCAUCAAACCAAAACUCAUCCAAUUCUUCAUUUUCAUCGUCAUCAUCAGAAGAUCAUGUAAAUUCAUCAUUUAACACUGCUCCUUCACUAAUUAUUUUAAUAUUAAUUUUAACUAUUUCUUCUUUCUUCUAA